AUGAAUUUACUUGGAUCAGCGAUCACAACGAUAAAACCUCGUCUUGACGAUUCAGCUAUUGAUCGCCUGAAUUACUACUAUACUACUGUAAUUAUAAUGGUCAUGUCACUUACUAUUUCAGCAAAACAAUACGUUGGACAACCAUUACAAUGCUGGGUACCCGCUCAGUUCACAAGAGCUUGGGAACAGUAUGCGGAAAAUUAUUGUUUUGUUCACAACACUUACUGGGUUUCACCUAAUGAAAAUAUUCCUCAAAAUUUGAAUGAAAGAGUCAUUCGUCAAUUAAUUUAUUAUCAGUGGGUGCCAUUCAUAAUGGCACUUGAAGCAGGAUUUUUUUAUCUGCCGCUUUUAUUUUGGAGCCAAACUAACUCGAAAUCUGGUUUGAAUAUUGUUAGCCUGGUUAAAUUGGCGAAGGGCGCUGAUUUAACUGAAUUUUUAAUGAUGAAUCAAUUUCUUGGUCAGAAUGAUCAUUUAUGGGGUGCAAAUUUAUUUUAUGAUAUUAUAAAUGGCCAUGAUUGGGAAUUGAGUGGAAAUUUUCCAAGAGUUACAGUAUGCGAUUUUCAGGUUCGUAUGUUGGGCAAUAUGCAUCGUUAUACGAUACAAUGUGUUCUCGUAUUGAAUAUGUUCAAUGAAAAAAUAUUUUUGUUUUUAUAUUGGUGGUACAUAAUGGUUGCAUUAUUAACUUUUUUUGAUAUAAUUUAUUGGAUUAUAAACACUCGAUUUGCUUUUCGACGAAAAAAUUACAUCAGCAAGUUCAUUUUAUUUCGUCUUCUUCUUUCAAAAACUUAUCGAAGACAAAUAUAA